CCGUCGUACCGCCGCCCCCCGCACCUGCGGCAGGUGCCGCCGCGCACGCAGCAUGGCCCGACGGGGCGCGGAGCCGCGGGCGCUGCCCGAGAGGGCGGCUGAGCUGCGGAACAAACUCGUGGACCGAUGCGAGCGGCUGCAGCUGCAGAGCGCUGCUAUCACCAAGCACGUGGACGAGGUGCUGCCCGCCAGGAGCCAGGGUGUGCUGAGCGCUGCUAACAGCGCACGAGAGUUGGUCAUCCAGAGACUGAUCUUCGUGGGGAAGGUGUGUGAGAACGAGGAGCAGCGGCUGCUGGAGGAGGUGCACGCCGAGGAGGAGCGGGUGCAGCAGAGCAUCCUGACACAGCAGGCGCACUGGACCGAGGCACUGCAGAAGCUGUCUGCCCUCCGCACGUACCUGGUGGACACGAUCACCAACCUGGACGACCAGGGCUUGGUGAACGCGGAACAAGAGAUCUUCGAGAGGACAGAGUUGGCAGAGGGAAUCUUAGAGCCACAGGAGUCUGCCAAGUUAAACUUUAAUCAGCAGCGUGUUCAGAGUCCGCUGCUGCACCGGCUGUGGGCCUCUGCCGUUCUCUGCUGUAUGGCAGGCUCUCAGGAAAUCAGCAUAGACGAGAAAACCGUCAGCCCCCACCUAAGCCUGUCGGAAGACAAGAAAACCCUGACCUUCAGCCCCAAGAAAGCAAAGCUGGACUUGGAUGGCCCCGAGCGCUUUGACCACUGGCCCAAUGCUUUGGCUGCUGCGGCUUUUCACACGGGGCUCCACGCAUGGAAGAUCAGCGUGGAGAAGAGCUGUGCCUACAAGCUGGGGGUGUGCUACGGCUCGCUGCCACGGAAGGGGCCCGGCAAUGAGGCCCGCCUGGGCUUCAAUGCUGCCUCCUGGGUCUUCUCACGCUACGACAAGGAGUUCAGGUUCUUGCAUGCCGGUCAGCCCCAGCCUGUGGAGCUGCUCAGGGCCCCGGCUGAGAUCGGUGUGCUGGUUGACUUUGCGGGAGGGGAGGUGCUUUUCUACGACCCCAACUCCUGCACCAUCCUCUUCUCGCACCGGGAGGCCUUUGCAGCACCACUCUACCCCGUCUUUGCGGUGGCACACCAGAGCAUCUCGCUCAGCCGGUGAGAGAGGUGGGCUGCAAACAUAGGGCUGUAUGGACAGUGACUGUAUACACCACAGUGCCUUCGCGGGCUACCAGCGUGUACAGUGAUCAGAAAAGACUUGCCUUCAGCCACUACAUCUGUUCUCUUGUUUUACAACGGCUUUCAUCUCCUUCAGGCUGCCGAGCACGUGAUGUUUGCCCUCCAGGACCCAGAGCCAGGACCUUUGGAAAAGGUCAAAUCAGACCCCAAGCACCUCCCACAGGAGCACAGUGCCUUCUGAAGACUCUUGUGAGCUCUCCCCAGCUCCCAUGCUGUUGGAGUCCUCAGGGCUGGGAGGGGGGCUGGGAAGUGCUGCAGCAGGAAGCAGAGCUUUCACUGAGCCCAGUUCAGCAUGGGAAGACCUUGGCAACAACACCACAGUUUGCUCAGCAGAGCUGGGAGUGCUAGGUGGGGAGAGCAAAAUUAUGAAAGCUGGGAUAUGGGAUCAGUGUUUAACACCUGGCUCUGCCAUUCCUCUGUGAGUGAAUCAUUUAAAUCCUCUUCAAGACAAGGGUUUCUUUCCAGCUCCAAUGGAGAGGAACACAGGCAACAAAACACUCCAUGCUGCAGGAAUGAAAAUUAUUUCAAUCUUGCCUAAAGGUUAAGAGCUGUUUGGAGAAAUGAAAGAGAAGUGGCAGAAGGCAUGGAAGGCUGUAGGAACACUUGGAAGGAGGAGCCCUAGUGGGAGGAGGGACACCAUGAAUUGGGGUUGUCACCCAUGUGAGAACCCACACUGGGCAGGGCACCCUCAUGGACCAUCAGCAUCUCCCAGAGCAGAGGAGCAGCAAGAGAGGAGCCAUUAGCAUUGACCUGAAUGGAGCUGUUUGUUCCUGGGGCUUGGCAAGGUUGAGCAUAUUACAGUGAAAACAAGCAGCUGAUUGAUAGUAAAAGAGGUGUUGGACUGACACUGAGCUUGGGUGAAGGAAAGAAAUGCAUUUCCUUGGUGUUUAAAAAUUGUUAUCUUUAUUUAUUUAAGUUCUCAUUUAAGUUCUUUACAGAGAGUGGUGAGGUGCUGGAACAGCUGCCCACAGAGGCUGUGGAUGCCCCGUCCAUCCCUGCAGGUGUUCAAGGCCAGUUGGAUGGGGCCCUGGGCAGCCUGGGAUGGUAUGAAAUGUGGAGGUUGGUGGCCCUGCGUGUGGCAAGGGGUUGGAGCUUCAUGGUCCUUGAGGUCCCUUCCAACCCUGGCCAUUCUGUGAUUCUGUUUCUCAAUAUCCAAAACAGUAAUUAAGUUUGCUGGCAGUAAAUUACACUAAGCAAAAUUCUGCAUCUCCAGACCACUUUGCCCAUAACAAGAGGGCUGUGAUUGCUGCCAUCUACAGCUCCAGGGCAGAGGUAGCUUCUUGUUGAGGUGGCAAACCUGAGGUCCACCAGGUGUGCAGAUACAGCGCAGUGACUGCUCUGCUGGCAGCCUGUCCCCAGACAGCUCUGCAGGAAUCAGUGACUAAGAAGAGGUAACUAUCAGUCCCUCCUGAUGGAAUUAACUUGUGCAACAUAUGUGGAU